UGAACCUUAAUGACAUGUUACGAGCAGACGAUAACGAUGACCUAACAGGGCUGUAUCUUUGUUGACCAAGCAUAAUGGUUUAUACGGAUUUUAUCUUUAUGAACAUAAUUUAGGAUAUUUAAGUGACGGACAUUAUUAAAACCGAUUCCUGAAUUUGAAAGGAACAUACUUUGUUGUUGCGAAUGUUUUUGGCAGCCGGCAUCAAGAAGAGCUUCUAACGUAUUGGAAACAAAAAAAACAAGACCACACGUUGAAGUAAUAUAUUCGGAACUUAUAGUUUUCACGUGCAGUACAGAAAUAUUACGGUUGAUGACGUAAAUAAUUCAAAUUGUCGGUCGGUAAACAAACGGACAUGGAAUAUAAUAUCCCUUUCUGUGAGAAUUAAAAAAGUUGUUAAUAGAGGAAAAUAAAGAUGAACUAAUAUCUUAAAAGUGUUUAAAAAAACAUAUAUUUGAUGACAAAAAUAUUUACGCAAAUGUGAUUGACAAGGACACGUACAUUUGGUCUAUGGAUGUGGUUGCUACUCGUUUAAUUUCACUUUAGAAGCUGAAAAUUAUUAUUACAAAUGAAUGCCUGAAUGCCAUUGUUUUAAAAUCCAAGACUUUUUUUUAAAAAAAAAAUGACUUACAGUUGAACAAAUGCAUAGCAAAGACGUUAUAAUUUACACAAAAGUAAGAUAUUGUCUGAAAUUCUGAUUGACGGGUAUUUUUCAACGCCGGCUUUAUAUCAACAGAGAUUGCAAUAGUUGGAUUAUCUUAAGUUUAAACUUGAACUGUGAAAGAUAACAUAAUUGUAGCUCAGCAACUAUAAAGAUUAUUUAGCUUUAUCAGAAGUUAAAACUGAAUAAAUCGAGUUAACGCAACAACCGUAACAAAGUGUUUUGUUUACGCAAUAAACUAAUCACGUGAUAUUAUGACUAACAAAUGAAAUCGCUUGGAUCAGACUUAUGAUCAGAUAAAACACUUCUUUAUCAGCAUAUUAUCCAAAAAUGCACCAGACGUGCUCAGGUCAAAGCGAUGAUUGUAAGAAGCACGAAUUAUAUCUUCAAAAAUGACGUUUAAUUUUUAUCUGAACAUGUCACCAAAUUUAAAACGAACUAAGGUGUUCUUCCUUACUAUCGCAAUAUUUAGUUUCGUAUUAAUUCUAAUAUCAUACAAUUGGAAUAUAUCAGAAAAUAUUUACAAAAUAUCAAGUGAAAUAUCAAAAGUUAGAAUUUCCGAAAUACAUUUACCAAACAUCAGAUUUGGAGAACAUUUAUUAAAAGAAUCUACAAGAGGCACUUCCGGUGAACUUAUAACGAGAUACAAAACUAAAGAAUUGGCUCGAAUGAAUAGUGAAGCUGACAGAAUAAACUACACAAAAGUUAGCGUUCUUGAAUCAUUACCAGAAGAAAAGAACGCCGGCAAAAACAUAACUUUUGUUUCCCGACCAACAAUAGACAUACGGCAAAGAAUUGAACAUGAAAAUGGUAAGAGUUCAAUAGAAGGACAAAGAAAUGAAUUAAGUGUUGGUGAGCAUACAACGGGAAAUUCUAGUGAAACUUUGACAAUCAAAGGCAGGGUUUUACAUAAACAAACGACAGAUAAUCAAAGUAUAAACAAUACCCGCAAAUUAUCAAGUACGGGAUUAGAUAGCGAUGCAAAAUUAACAACUGAAGGUAAUGUUCAAGCCGACUCUAUGUUAAACAACACAAAAAAUAGGUUUACCACAUUGAAGAAUAGCAAAGUUGAGACCCAGCAAGUGUUACGCGAAAUCCAUAGACUUAAGGAUGAAAUAUCGAGUGACUAUAAAAGUUCGUCUGCUCUACAACAAAAAAGACCGCAUAAAUCCGAACAUAGGUACCAAACGGUAAGCAUCAAUAAUGCUAACCAGCCUACAACAGAGAGAAAUUUGCGAGCCUUUCAACGAUUAAGAAAUAGAUUGAAAAAUCUAGGAUUAACUUAUAAUGGAUUUAUUAUUCCUUCAAAUAACCAGGGUUUUAAUUUCAAUGAUGGUGCUGAUUCUGAUGCAACAAGUCGCCCGGAUGUAUGUACGGGAUGUUUUGAAAAGAAUUUUAACAAGAUUAUAAACGAGCCUUCAUUAUGUGACGGUGAUGUCGAACUUUUAUUCAUGAUUGCUUCGACAUUUUCAAGGAAGGAUUCUCGAAACGCUAUUAGAAACACUUGGUGUGGACAAUGCAAUAAACCGGAUUCAAAAAUGAAAGUGGUAUUUGUGUUUGGAAAUAGAAACGAUUCCGUUGAAAACGCUAAUCUUCUAAACGAGAGUAAGCAAUACCGUGAUAUAAUUCAAUUUGAUUUUAACGAUACAUAUGCAAAUUUAACUUACAAAACAAUUACAUCAUUGCAAUGGAGCGAUGAUUAUUGCAAGAAAGCAAAUUACGUCAUGAAAACAGACGAUGACAUGUAUGUUAAUACAGAGUUACUUCCUUUAAUGCUCAAAGCGGCUCCUAGUAAACACUUUAUGGGUGGCAUGUGCUGGGGUCCAAGUUCUCCUCACAGAGACAUGAACUCAAAGUGGUACGUUUCAUUUGUACAAUAUCGACAUGCUUUGUUUCCUUCAAUGUGUAGCGGAACCGGAUAUGUUAUGUCACGUGACGUAGUUUCCGGUAUCCUUCAAGAAUCACCAAACGUGCCAUUCUUCUAUCUCGAGGACGUUUAUGUUGCAAUUUGUUUGAAAAGGUUCGGAGUAACUCCGCUAUUAUUAGAUGGAUUUAACAACCAGCAUGUAGAAUUUGACCCUUGUUCUUAUAGAAACCGUAUUAUCACGGCCCAUGAGCUAAGUGCGGAUAGUUUAGUCUAUAUAUGGAAUGAAAGUAGAACAUGUCCUAAAGCUGAUACUAGACCGGAAAUGGUAUAUAGACCAUUUCCGGUAUAAACAGUCUAUCUGAAAAAUAUUUAACAUUUUUAAUUAUAAGAUGUGUCUUUAUUGUGUUUAAAUAAUCUCGCGGACUAGGUAUGCCAAAGUUGAAUUAAGAAAAAACAAUACAAAAUUCCAAAACUGCAUACCUUUAAACUUUAAGAAUAAUGGUUACUUUGUGAGACACCACUAUAUAUAAUGACUUUAAAGAAAACUUUUCCCGGCACUGCACCGAAAUUCAUAUUGAUUACCCGUUUUGAUCUUAUUGCACUUUCGGCGCCGGUGAAUUUUCACACUAACGUACAAUAAUUGUAUAAUAAUGACGUUAGAGUUUAAUAAGUUUAAAUGACGUAAGAAUGUUUGAUGAAAUAAAUUUAUUUAAUACUAACCAGUACAAACUUGGUUUUAUAAUUGUGGUAAAGUUCAUAUUAUCCACAAUAUAUCAACAACACAAUAAGGUAAUGUGUUUGACAAUAUAAAAUGACGUCAGGGUGCUGAUGAGAUGUAUUUAUAAUCUUAGUGUGUUUUAAAUGCUAAAAUGACGUAGAAUGUUUGCAAUGAGAUAUUUUGAUGAUCAUAGCGUGUUUAAAAAACUACAAUGAGGAAUGUAUGUUUGAUAUGCUUAAAUGACGUAGACAUGUUUGACAAGAUAUAAUGACGCCAGAGUGUUGGUGAAAUAUAUUUUUGAUCUUAGGUUGUUUAAAGAUAAAAUAACGUUAAAUAUUUGACAAGAUAUGAUUGCAUACAUAUGUUUGACAUAAUAUAAUGAUUUUAUAGUGUUAGACAAGAUAUUUAAUGGCGUUAGAUUGUUUGACAUGACAUAAAAGCGAGAUACGAGAUAUAAAGGUGUUUGACAAGAACUGAAGACAUCAGAGUGAUUGACAUGACAUAAUGACGUCAGAAUGAUUGACGAGACAUAAUGAUGUAAGAGUGAUUGACAAGAUAUAAUGACGCCAGAGUUUUGAUGAUAUAUAUUUAUAAUCUUAGGUUGUUUAAAGAUAAAAAAAAACGGUGAAUAUUGACAAGACAUGAUGGCAUAGAUAUGUUUGACAUAAUAUAAUAACUUUAGAGUGUUUCACAAGAUAUUAAAUGACGUUAAAGUGUUUGACAAGGCAUAACGACAUUAGAGUGUUUGACAAGACAUUAAAGCGUUAGAGUGUUAAGCAAGACAUAAAGACGUUAUCUAAAGUGUUUGACAGAACAACAAGACAUCCGAGUGAUUGGUAAGAUUUAAUGAGUGUUUAACAAUUGUAAUUGAAUAAGAGAUUUUGAAAAGGUUGUGUCCACAUGAGCAGAUUUGUAUGGUUGUUUGAGUUAAAACUUAUGUUUUAUUUUAGAUUUUAUAAUUUCUAGUCAUUUUCGAGCUCAAUAUUUGUUAAAGAGCAAUACCUUGUCGUUCUUUUUUUUAAAGAAAUGAUUGUUAAAAAAACAAUCAUGUGUGUUAAGAACUUUUUGUUGUUAAAACUUUGUUCUUGUAUAAUAAAUGAAAAGAUUCUGACGUGUA